AGACAAACAUUUGUGAAAUGGACACUUUAUUUGUUUAGUAAGAUCCUUUCACCUAUAUACCAACAUACAAAUUUACAUUAUAAUCAUUUCUUGGGAUUUCAGUAUUUGGAGCAAUUUAAAUGACAUAAGGAUCACAGAGGAAUUUUCGCUUGUGAGUUUCUAUGCCAGAGGCCAGUUAUAUAGAGAGAAAAAAGUUGUGAAGAGAUCCAGAACCACACAAGUGCAUUUUUGGAGACUUAACUAUCUUUUAUUCUAAUUUAUUGAAGACCCCCGGGAAGCCAUGACGUCAUCGUUAUAUAUAUGUGUUCUUUUCUUUCUGGUAGGAAACGGUUUGGCACUACCUCGAGUCAAACGCCAAGAAGACUCUUUUGCAAGGAGAAAUCGUGUUUGUGGAAAGAUAGCUGACUUAGCAUUUGUAAUAGACUCUUCGCGAAGUAUUGGGGAACCUGAAUUCAACAAAGAACUUCGCUUUGUGAGGGAAGUACUUCAGGAAUUUGAACUUGGCCCAGACAAAACACGCGUUGCUAUAGUGUCAUUUAGUAAUGUGGUAAACACUGAAUUUAACUUUAAUCAGUUUUCAAAUGAAAACGAUAUCUUAAGUGCUGUGUCAAGUAUUAAAUAUGCUGCAGGUCCAGCAACAGUGACCUAUAGAGCUUUAAACCAAACAAGGAGAGGCUUGUUUACUCCGGGGGUCGGGGACCGCCCAAAUGUUCCCAAUGUUGUCAUUGUAGUAACGGACGGUGGUACCAACCCUGGGAGGGUUGAUCCAUACACGAAAGAGAUGGGAAAGUCUCUUACUCUCGGGGAGGCCGAGGAGUUAAAAGUUAUGGGUUGUCAUGUAUUCUCGAUAGGGGUAGGACCCCAUAUUGACCCAAGUGAACUCAUGGGUAUCGCUAGUAAACCAGAGGAAAAGUAUUACCUUCAGGUGGAUAAUUUCAACAAACUCAAUACACGAGCUCUGACUGAAAUGGUUGCAUACAGAGCUUGUGAAGUUCAAGAUCCGCCUCCCCCACAACUAUGCGAGGCCAGUCCCACCGAUAUUGUGUUCAUCUUGGACAAGUCGACAUCUCUCAGGACAAUGAGCAACUACAUGGAAGAACUUAACUUUGUCACCGGUGUUAUUGACAGCCUUGCUAUAGGUCGCGACCAUAGUCAGAUUUCUGUGAUCACUUUCAGUACCACGUCUACAUUUGAGUUUCCGCUCAAUAGAUACCAGGAUUCUGACAGUUUGAAAAGAGCGAUAAUGCAAUUGCCAUGGAGUAAGGGCGACACCUAUACUAACCUGGCCCUGCAAGACAUGCUUGACAAAGCGUUCGCACCAGCUAACGGAGCAAGAAGUGGUGUGGCCAAGAUAGGUGUUAUUGUCACUGACGGCGCCUCAACCGAUCCAUACAAGACCGAGGCAAUGGCCGAAAGGAUUCACAGAGCUAGAAACAUCAACAUGUUUGCUAUCGGUGUUGGAGACGCCUUCAAUAAAGACGAGUUAGCCAUGAUUGCCUCAAAGCCCGCGUCCAAGCACGUGUUCGAAGUUAAGGAUGUCCAAGCUCUCUCAUCAAUCACAGGACUCUUUACUGGGCGUUUCUGCAAACCCGUGGUAAGGCCAACCCGAAGACCUACACCAGCUCCAAUCAAAGAUUGUCAAUACAGAGAUUUGGACGUCGUCUUCCUGCUCGACAAGAGCACCAGUCUUCAAACCCAGACCAACUUCAACAAAGAGCUUGUUUUUGUGAAUGACUUCCUGGAUGAAAUCGACAUCGAUUCUGGAUCUGCCCAAGUUGGUGUCAUGACAUUUAGCGAUGAUCCUAAAGUCGAGUUCUUUCUUAACAGUUACAACACAAGGUUUGGAGUGGAACAGGGUCUGCUUGGUGUUAAAUACACUUAUGGUAAUACUUACACUGAUAGAGCUAUCAGGACUCUUGUGGAAGACGUCCUAACACAGGAAAACGGAGCUCGCCCAGGAGUAAUGAAAGUCAUCAUUAUCAUUACCGACGGGAAAUCGACAGACCCAUACUCUCUCGCCGACCAGACUGCACGACUUCAUAGAAUGUCAGCAACUGUUUUCGCUAUUGGGGUCGGCGAAGCAAUUGACGAAUCUGAGUUACGUAUGAUGGCGACCGAAUCGGACAAUGUAUUCAGGGUGGACGAUCUGAACGCCCUACAGAAUAUCCGCUUACAACUGGCUUCUCGUGUCUGUGGAAAUGAUCGAAACAGCAUCCCAUUUGACCGCUUACGACUAGGACCAAGAGUCUAAGAGUAUCAGAGGAAACUACAGAGCGGGCUCUCACUCAAGGCUGACAUAGUGGAAUUCAGUUUUCCUGAUUUCAAUUAUAUUAGCAACAUGCGAAAACCAAAGCAAUGCAAAAAUGUCAUUUUCGAAUGACUCAUAUGUUAAACCGAACAUUUUGCUAUUCUUUCAGGAAUUCAGAAGCAUUUUAUUAAAAAUUGUCACCAAAUUAUCGUAUGAAAUUAGGCACUUUUUUCUGUAUAAUUUUGUUGGGCUUCUAUGUAAGAUUGAACUACUCAAAUAAUUUUUUAACAAAUAUAGUUGGAAACAGCCAAAAACGUUUUCGUUUUAAAGUUUUAUUUUGUGUAUUUUAUCUCAUAUAUCAAGAAAGUACAUUCCCACCCAAGUAACAUUCCAGUAUACAUAUUAUAGUCUAUUUUAAAUGAAUUAACGAAAACACGUGUAUUGCAUGUAGCUGAUUGAUUUAAAUACACAGAUUGCAGUAUUUUGAAAUAUUUCUUGUCAUCUCCGGUCAUUGUAUGUGAACUUGUGUGUUCGCUAAAAAAGAAAAUAACGUUAAUUUCAAAUAUAACUAAAUUCUAGCUCAGAUCCACUUGAUACUCUACCUCUUAUCAAAUGCUAUUUUGCUUUACUUUUAGUGUUGCUUUUGCGGAAUUGUAGAAUCAUUUAGACCGACCAUUUUCACUUCAGUAAGUCAGAACCUUAUGAAUGAAGUAUGAAUUCCUUAAUAUAAAGCUGUUUUAAGUGAAUACUCAUGAAAAAAAUUACUAACUUUCCGCAAUUCUGAUGUUCCGAUACUGAUAAUCUGUUGUUUGUUGUGUUUGUCUAGGGUAUCGUCUUUAUUCCAAGUAUCAACUAAAUGUAUGCUAUUCAGAAAAAAAUGACACAAAAUAAAUGUCAAACAAUGCUAGCAACAUGGUUCAAAUAACUAAACUGACAAAUCUGUAUGUAGCCUUUAGUGGGAAUCGAUAAUCUUUUAACUUUUUCUUUACGGAAGUUUAUUUUUUUCCUUUCAUAUCCUUAUUUGAAAAAAAAUUGGUAUUAUUCAGACAUUAUAGUACGAUGAAAAGGGUAUAUCAAUGCAUUUAUAGUCGUAACGUUCACCGAAAAGUAAAAAAUAUCCAAUCUGAUAUUUGGAUAUCUUCAACAUAAAUGUUGAGUUCAGGAUAAUAUACAUUUGUUUAUAAUGAUAAUAAUUUCCCAAAAAAAUAAUUCUUUUAUAUUAUUUACAAAAUGUUGACGUUUUGAAGACGAAAGUUAGAUUCUUUUGGUUCAUCUUUCAGAUAUAUGUUGAUAAGUUUAGGCAACCUAUUGUCAAAAGAAUACUAUUUUUCAGCACGGUCUAUGUUCACUGUUUCAUUACCCUUUAGAGUUCAUUGACAAAAGAAUAUUAUUAUUAGUAGUGUUAUCAUAUAGAUCAUUUUAUGUACCCGUUUUUUUGAUGUUAUAUGUAAAUAACAGUUCCAAUAGUGCUGAGGAAAUUACAACAUAAUUUCUUUCCUAAAAUCAUAUAUUUGUAAACUGUUGAUAAGCUGCCAUUUCAAAAUGGAAUAUAAAAAAAAUAAAUUUGAUUUUCAAAAUAUUGUAAGACGAUAUAACAUGUGACUUAUCUGAUUUUUAAGAAAAAGAUGACUAAGCAAAAUUGUGAAACAUCAAUAAUUUUAAUCUACAGAUUAUUUUGGUAAAAUAACUGAUUUUUAACGCAUGAAAUAAGUAAUUACUCAUAAUUAGCUUAGGUAGUUACCUUAACUACAACAACAUACCUUUAUAACAGUCCCGUCUAUUGAUAUACAAUGUAUAUAUCUAUAUAUACAUAUAUUAUGUAUGACUUUAUGUAUAUCAUUUGUAUGAAGUCUGUUUUUCAACCAUAGCGUAUAUAAGUUGAAUCUGAAAUUUGCUUUCGUUGACUUAUCAUAUUAAUAUGAUUAAUGCUGAAUUAAUUAGAUGAUUAUUUCUUUCGUGUUAUAUGGAAGACAGAAAGAGAGAAUAACGGGUUUCAAUAAAGUUGUUCUUGCUGAACGUCUGGUUGGAUAACAAACAUCAUUUUUAACAUUGUGUGUAUAUACAUAGUGAAUAUUAUGUCAUUGUUUGAAUAACUUGUCAUGAAAUGUGUAUCAGUAUAUUUGUAUAUGUACGUCAUUUAAUAAAAUGCGAUAGCAUUCUAUAACACACAA